CCCCGUCGCUACAGUCACCGCCCCCUCUCGGUGCCCGGCCGGGCGGGAGGAGCACAGUGGCCCCGCCGGCUGCGGCUGCUUGCGGGGCUCCGUGGGGGGCGGGCACAUGCGUACAAGCGGCUCAUCCAGACAAACACCCCUUACAUCUUAAAUGAGCUUCAUUUACUGGCAGUCGCUUCAGUCGGGCUGGAAGCUGCUGAGCUACGCUCAGCCCGCCUUACUGGGAGACAGCGCCCCCGGCUCCUUCCCAGGGCAGGCUAGCCUCGACGAAGCCCGCCGCGCCCCGCUCCCGAUGGGACUGAGCACGGUGGCGUCUCCGAGUUCGGGCGGCGGAGGCUGAGGGCGCCCCGCGCGGGGGCGCCGGGCAUGGCCGUGGGCGGGCGGGGGCCGGCAGAGCCGUAGCCGCGGGCCACAGCGCCCUCGCGGGGGUCCACCGCCGCCCCCGGCCGCUGCUCUGGAGCGCCGGUGAUCGCCGCCGCGGCCCACUGGGAGACAAUGGCCCUGCACAAACUCUGCUCAGUGCUGGAAGUGUUGCUAGUAACAAUCCUUGUAGUGGAAGGGAUUGCUGUUGCACAGAAGACACAAGGUGGGCAAAAUUUUGGAGUAAACCGUAUUCCUCCUACCCAGUGUGACAAUUGGGUACGGACAAGCAAUGGAGGACAUUUUGCUUCACCAAACUACCCUAACAUGUACCCACCAAAUCAAGAGUGCAUCUAUAUCUUAGAAGCUGCUCCACGACAAAGAAUUGAGUUGACCUUUGAUGAACCUUAUUACAUAGAACCCUCAUUUGAAUGUCGGUUUGAUCAUCUGGAGGUUCGAGAUGGACCUUUUGGUUUCUCCCCUCUCAUUAAUCGUUACUGUGGUCUGAAAAGUCCUGCACUAAUUAGAUCAACAGGGAGAUUUAUGUGGAUCAAGUUUACUUCUGAUGAGGAGCUGGAAGGAAAGGGAUUUCAAGCAAAGUACUCAUUUAUACCAGAUCCUGACUUCACUUACCUAGGAGGUAUUUUGAAUCCCAUCCCAGAUUGCCAGUUUGAGCUCUCAGGAGCUGAUGGAAUAGUACGUUCCAGUCAAGUAGAACAAGAAGGCAAAACAAAACCAGGACAAGCAGUUGACUGCAUAUGGACAAUUAAAGCUACUCCAAAUGCUAAGAUAUAUUUGCGAUUUCUCGACUAUCAAAUGGAGCAUUCAAAUGAAUGCAAAAGAAACUUUGUUGCUGUAUAUGAUGGAAGCAGCUCUAUUGAGAACCUGAAGGCAAAGUUUUGCAGCACCGUAGCAAACGAUGUCAUGCUGCAGACUGGGACAGGUGUGGUACGAAUGUGGGCAGAUGAAGGCAGCAGACUAAGCAGAUUCAGAAUGCUGUUCACUUCAUUUGUGGAUCCUCCCUGCUCAGGCAAUACUUACUUCUGCCACAGCAACAUGUGCAUCAAUAAUUCUUUAGUCUGCAAUGGCAUUCAAAACUGUGCAUACCCUUGGGAUGAAAAUCACUGCAGAGAAAAGAAAAGAACUGGAUUGUUUGAACAAAUCACCAAAACUCAUGGAACAAUCAUUGGCAUCACAUCAGGGAUAGUUUUAGUUCUUCUCAUCAUUUCAAUUCUAGUACAAGUAAAGCAACCUCGCAAAAAGGUUAUGGCUUGCAAGAAUGCUUUCAAUAAAACUGGAUUCCAGGAAGUAUUUGAUCCUCCACAUUAUGAACUAUUUUCACUAAGGGACAAAGAAAUUUCAGCAGAUUUGGCAGAUUUAUCAGAAGAACUUGAAAACUAUCAGAAAAUGAGACGCCCUUCAACAACUUCCAGGUGCAUUCAUGACCACCACUGUGGCUCUCAGGCCUCUAAUCUAAAACAAAGCAGGACAAACCUCAGCUCCAUGGAACUUCCCUUUCACAAUGACUUUGCGCAGCCUCAGCCAAUGAAAACAUUUAAUAGCACAUUCAAGAAAAGUAACUACACUUUCAAACAAGCGCAUGACUGCCCUGAGCAAGUGAUAGAAGACAGGGUGAUGGAAGAGAUUCCAUGUGAAAUCUACGUUAGAGGAAGAGAAGAAGCACAAGGUUCAUUAUCUAUUGACUUUUAAUUUCCUAGUGACGGUGGUAUCAGUGUAUAUACAAGAUGCUUGUGUACAGUAACCAUGUAUAUAUUAAAAGUGUACUAUAUGCAGCGUGUGAAAUGCACACACUUUUAGCUUACUAUACUCCAUCCACCAAAAAAAACAAAGUCUUCAUAACCCGUUCUUGCUCAAACAUGGUAGAUUUUCUUCAAUCUUCCCAAGCUACCUAUCUAGAGGAGGAGUAAAGACUUUGCAUGGAAAUUACAAGUUAUGGAUAUUGGAAGAAAACAACCCAACUAUUAAUCAUUGUACACUGAAAACAAUUACUAUUGUUCUCUUCCUCACAUGAUUUUCUCUUCUUUAGAUGUCUUUUUAGACAAUUUUAAUACCUCAUUUACAUAAAUAAAAGUAGUUAAGUGCACCAUGUGGAUGUCAACAUAGGUGUCUUAUUGUAUUUGUCAAAUUGGAAGUAGAGCUAGACUUAAGUGCCAGUUGACAUUCAAGAAUUAUUCCAGCCAUCUGUUUCAUCUUGCCUACCAUUUAUAUUGCCUUUAAUUAUUAGUUCCUCACUCUAUGCUUUGUGAGAAACAAGUGAAAAGGAAUACUGCCUUUUUAAAACACUGAGUUACAGUAAUUUUAGUACAUUUGGAAAUAUAUAAUCUUUGCAGCUUUUGUUUAAAAUACAAUAGUCAUGUUAUUCUAGAUGCAGACCUUGAUAACAGACUUCUUUCAAGACGCUUUAGGAUUUUGAAAUAUUCAGCCAUAUAUUAUAGAUCCAUAUCGUUCACUACUUUCACAGCUCUCUAGUUUGAAAACAGUUUUGUCCCUGUGUUCUCAAAGUAUUUACAUAAAUAGACUGUACUGUACAUUUGUGUCUUAAAAUAGGCUCUUACUCCUUAUUGCAGCCAACCUUCCCUACCAAAAUCAGUGAUGAUACUUUUAGCUCGUGUCCUACUUGCCUGAAGAGAAGCACUCUUGAGGUCUGUGUGAUUACCAGGUAAACGAUGAUACUGGAAACAGAGAAAUCUCAAAGCAACCCUUAUGGAAUCCUUCCUGUGCCCCUUGUUUCCACUUGCCAAAUGGCACAUUUCAUAUCUUUUUAAAUGGUGGUUUGGACCUAAUUUUAAAAUUUUUACAUUUAAAAAAAUAAUAAUAAUGCUCAUUGUGGUUCUUAAACUUUUUUAUAUAGUUUGAUACUGUACACAAUAUUAAAUAAAUCAAAAUAUAGCACCUGUACAGCAGGCUUGUUUCAGUGUCUGUAUUAGUAGCAGUUCUGAUUAACAUGCAGAGGCUGCUGUGUACAUCACAAUUUGCCAAGAAUACUUAGUGUGACUUCCACAUUAGUGUACAUUUUAUUUCCUGGUUUGUCUGUGUUUAUUCUGGUAUUUUGUUUACAGGAAACCUUUCACUAAAUGUGUCCUACCAGCUUGCACUGAGCUUAUCCUGCUACAAAUGUAUGUAAAUACAUUUGUUGUCCUGAAUGUAGUACACAAAACCCCCAAAACAAAACAAAAAAUCAAUAUAUGACCCUAGCAACAGAAAAUCUUUUAUUUAAAACAAAAUCUGAACAACAGCUGUAAUUACUCACAAAGAAAAUACUUAAGCUUUUUUAAAAAUGCUUAGAAUGUAAGAAGAGGAAGGAUAAAAAAAAAAAAAGGAUAGAGUAUCUUAAACACAAUUUCAAAAUUCACCCUCUCUGAUGUCUUGAAAGAACUUAAUCAGAUGCCUAUAGUUGCAGAUUGAUGUCAGUUUUGUGCUGGUCCCAGACUGUAUUUCAAUUUGACAAAAUGAAAAUGGGCAUUAUUUUCAGCUGCAUUUCAUGCGUGAUUAAAAAACCACCACCAAAAGUCUAUUAAAUUUGUCUUGAAAACUUUUCAAUGUGUAAUUAAAACAUUUCUUGACAGAUUUCCUUUCUUUCUCGUUGAUUUUGAUAAUAAAUAUCUCAUCAUGGCCUACAUGACACAGAAUGUUACUUGUGACAAUCUAUUUGUUCCAGAUUUUUUUCAAAAAAGCAAUACAUAGUUUUACAAAAGUUAUUUCUAUCCAUAUAACUUGUAAGUGCUAAGUUUGUGUGACUAAAUUUGCUCUUUAAGGUAUAUUUCUCCAUGGGAUAAAAAUAAUACAAUUCUCAUUCUUUCCUAAGGUAUGUUGGUUUUGAACAGUAAACCUGCACUAAUAAAACAAACAGCAAGCCUGCAAAGCCACAUCUGUGGCAAAAAGCUCUACUGAAUAAGUACCAAAAAAACUUGAAAUAAUAUUUCAGUCUCUGUUGUAACUUUCCAAUUACAUAGUCAGAACACAGCUACUUUUUAGCUGCCCUAGAGGACACAGGUGAGCGCUUCAUAACCAGUCGUGGCUUCUGUGCAUAACUUUUUCCAAUAUACAUUUCCAAUAUGAGCUCCGCUGUCCCCCCCUUGGCUGUCUAUUCUGUUGAGUUUGCUUGCCUUAAGGAGAAAUAAAGACAAGACACUCCUGCCUAGUUAACACCUAUUCUCAAUUCCCAAUACAGAGCAAAAAUUCUGGAGUGAAGCUUUCCAGUACUCUUCUAAUUGCGGACUCAACCCUUAUUGUGGCAAGAGCUGCACACUUGAACAGAUCUGAGAGGAAUCAUUAUUUAAAGAGGCUUCUAUAAGUAGUAAGGGCAGGAAAUAAAAUGUCAGUGCUUGUUUUAUUAGAAGCAAGGUGAAAUUAGCAUUAAACCUAAAAAGUUAAAUGGAAAACAUAUGCAUGGUUGUUUAAAAAAAUAGUUUGGCUUUAUGCAUGGUGGUUUAAAAAAAUAGUUUGCCUAAACAUUUCAUUGUAAUACCUGUGCUUUUAAAAAUGGCAUAGAGACAUAAUUCCAGUUCCAGUAUAAUUCCUCUCACUACAGAGAAAAAUUGUUUGGGUACACACUCAGUGCAGGAACCUGACAUGUGCAGCAGAAGAAUCUACUACUAGUUUUGCAGUCUCAGUCUAGUUGGAUCUGAUGUUAUGGUCUUUACAUCUAGGGUGGAGUUAGGGAUAGUGAAAAACAGCACCUUUCAUAUUCUUUCAAUAUCUAAGUACUGUUAACCUAUUUCCAUUGUCUCCAUCUUAAAUUUCUGGUAGCAUACUGAUUCUCAAUUUUACCCAUAUCUUUGAUACCCUCUGUUAACACUGAAUGCUUGUAGGCAAAGCUAUGUUCCCUAAACGCACAGCGAACAGGAAAAGGCCUACAGCAUUAACUACUCUGGUACUUAAAACGGUCAUGGUUUAACCCCAGUAAGCACCUGAGCACCACACAGCUACUUGUUCACUCUUCCUUUCUCCAAAUUUGGAGAGAAAGAACAGGGGAGGAUUAAAUGUUAGAAUAAUUGUAAUGAGAUGGAAUGUAACAAUAAGAAAGAAAUAAAGCCCAAGAAAAGA